UUCAAGUCAGUUCGUGAAGAAACUUUGUUUCCUAGGUAUGCAAAGAAGCCUUUUCAUCCAGAUGUUCUUAGCCAUAAUAUGGAUCAGUCAGGAGUUCUCCUCUGGGUAAAAGCAGAACCCUUUAUAGUGGGUGCCUUGCAGGUCCCUCCUCCAUCCAAGUUCAGUCUUCAUUAUCUCAGGAAGAUAGCCACCUAUGUGCGAACCCAGGCCACAGAGGGAGCUUACCCACAGCUCUACUUCUACAUUGCAUGUGGGAAGCUGCAGUUGGCUAAGGAUCUAGCAUGGCUUUACUUCAAAAUAUUUGAUAGUCUAUCAGUGAGGACACCUGAGGCACGCCUGGAAUGGUCUGAAGUUCUCUCCAACUGCAUGUCUGAAGAUGAAGUUGAAAAGCAGAGAAAUCGGCUUUCAGUGGACACUCUACAGUUUCUGCUGUUUUUGUAUAUACAACAGUUAAAUAAGGUUUCCUUGAGGACAUCUCUGAUUGGAGAAGAGUGGCCUAGUCCCAAAAGCAGAUCUUAGUCUCCUGACCUGACAGAAAAAUCCAAUUGUCAUAAUAAGAACUGGAAUGAUUAUAGUCACCAAGCUUUUGUCUCUGAUCAUCUGUCAGAUCUCCUUGAACUGCUUUUAGAUCUAGAGCAACUCACUACAUCGUUUCAUUCAACUCAUACUAGUCUAGUCUCUCGAGAAGCAGUUGUGGUGCUCAGCUUUCUUAUUGAAGGCACAAUGAGUACAACCAGGAAGAUCUAUCCACUUCAUGAACUUGCAUUGUGGCAACCCCUGCAUGCAGAGAGUGGCUUCUCAAAGAUCUCCAAGACUUUCUCUUUCUACAAGCUGGAAGCCUGGUUGAGAGCCUGUUUAACUGGGAAUCCAUUUGGUACAUCUGCUUGCCUCAAGUCAGGAAAAAAAUUGGCUUGGGCUCACCAAGUUGAAGGUAUGACCAAAAGAGCUAAAAUUGCUUGUAAUACUCACAUGGCCCCUAGAAUGCAUGUGGUGAUGAGCCAGGUUUACAAGCAGACAUUGGCCAAGAACUCAGAUACUCUUGUGGGGGCACAUGUCAAGAUUCAUUGCUGCAAUGAAUCUUUUAUUUAUCUUUUUUCUCUCUUACGAUCUUUAACAAUUGAGAAGUGCAGGAAUAGCACCUUUGUCUUGGGCCCCGUAGAGACUGCUCUUCACCUCCACAGCUGUGACAACAUUAAAGUCAUUACUGUAUGCCAUCAUUUGUCCAUCUCUUCAAUGACAGAGAUUAAAGGAAGCAGUUCCAGACCUGUGGAGGGUACUGGUGUUGUGGGGGGUUUUGGUGUUGUGGAGGGUGCUGGUGCCCUGGAGGGUGCUGGUGUUGUGGAGGGUGCUGGUGCUGUGGAGGGUGCUGGUGUUGUUGAAGGUGCCAGCAUUGUGGAGGGUGAUGCGGUCACCAUCCUCAUCAGCCUGGUCCUAGUGUUCCUUGCCUACAUCGUGUUCCUGGUGGUUUACAAAGCCUUCACCCAUGACCACAACUGCCCAGAGGGAUUUGUCUUCAAGUUAAGGGACUCCAGUGGGUAG